UUUAAGUAGCACUGUACACAGCCAUAGAAAUGAAGACAGUAUAGGGGAAAACUGCAGAAAUACCACAACCUGUGUUUUUUUCUACAUGUAAGAAUUUGUUGUGCCAGAAACCAAAAGAGACAGAGCUGCUGGUGAUGCCAGUGAGCCAACGGCACAGUCAGGAGGCAACAGACAAAAUGUUCAUCAGAAAUGCCAACCUACGACACCCCAGUCGCUACCAUGAAUUAUUUCUGCCUAGUCGACCUUACAGAGGGGAACCACCGACGGUGGCAGGUGAAGGAUUUCUCCUCUACCCAGACACUCCUGCUAAAAUGGAGACCACAUCGCGAGAAGCUUUCUGCUUUAGACCCGUCCCACAACAAGACAGAGGCAAAGGAGACCGUGUCACCCAGAACACAAAGCAGGAGUCCCAUCGUUCUCCUCCCACGUCCUCGAGACAAACAGGAGGAGGAAACAGCAGCAGGGACGGGGGACCAGGGGAGGACGAACAAGGAGGAAUCUGUGGUCAGACGAGAACGACUGCAGUGAAAAAUGAACAAGAUACAACAGGGAUGCAGUCUCAGUAUCAGAAGGAUUUCCCUCCUCCGUCCUCCUGCCGCAGGAGGCGAACACCUGCCCUCCCACAACCGGACAACAUCGGCAUCAACCCCGCCUUCAGGAUCGAUUUUAGCACGGUCCAAAAAGAGACUUACCCGGGCUGGCCCAUCAGAAACCCCAGGUGUGCUGGCAGGCUGACAGCGGCCUCGUCCGGACAACCAAACCUGGCUUCUGAGUGAUAGCCUUCAUCAGCUUACACGUGCACACAAGUGUUUGUCACACCUCCUCACCUCAGACUGCUGUGACAUGCCACUCUGCUCAUCUUUGGCUGUAAAAAAUGAAAAUUUAUUUACAG